AUGAUACAAAAACAAUCUAAGAAUCAGCACCAGGUAAAAGUUUUAAAAACUUUUAGCACUAGUGAUGACAAAUUUAAUAACGCUGAGGAUACUUGUAGCAUUAGUGAUGACGAACUUAAUAAUAUUAAGAGUAGUGAUACAGGAAUAAGUAUUUUGAGAACUGAAAAAGCAAAUAAUGUUAUUACAAGAUUGUUGCAAGCAGUCCCAGAAGAAGCUGCAGUUGGAAUAUCCAAGCUAGAAUCAUUUUGGUCAUCAAUAGUGAAUGCAUGUACAAGUGUGAAUAAUAGUGAUAAUACAAGUAUAAAUAAUGAACCAACUAGUUUAGAUAGUGAUGAUUUUGAGGUUGAGAUUGUUAGAGACCACAAUUUAAUAUCUUCUAAAAACUUAAACAAUACAAUCAAACAAUUAGAAAAUGAAUUCAAAAGUGAUGAGUAUAGUAAGAUCGAGAAAGCUCACCUUUAUACAAUGUUAUCUUAUUUGCAUCUUGUAGAAAAGAGUUGA